UCGAGUGUUUAGUUCGGUGUGAAAGUGUUGUGCGAUUUGCACGGAUUUGCCCCGCCAUGGCGUCGAUUGAGGCAGUGCAGAACAAAACGUGGGACCUGUCCCUGUACGAGUUGCACCGCGCGCCGCAGGAAACGAUCACGGACAACACCGAGAUUGCCGUGUCGCCCCGCAGCCUGCACAGCGAGCUGAUGUGUCCGAUCUGCUUGGACAUGCUGAAGAAAACAAUGACCACCAAGGAGUGCUUGCACCGGUUCUGCUCCGACUGCAUCAUCACCGCGCUCCGGUCCGGCAACAAGGAGUGCCCGACGUGUCGCAAGAAGCUCGUCUCGAAGCGUUCGCUCCGGCCGGAUCCGAACUUUGAUUUGCUCAUCUCGAAAAUCUACCCGAGCCGCGACGAGUACGAGGCGCACCAGGAACGGGUGCUGGCCAAGUUCAACCAGAGUCACUCGCAGCAGGCGCUGGUGCACUCGAUCAACGAGGGCAUCAAACUACAGUCCCAGAACCGCCCGAACCGGGGCAAGAAGGGCGAUAAUGAGCCGUGCCCGUCGAAUGCCAGCUCGUCGUCCACCGCGACAGCGACUCCGGCAACGCCAGCUGCAAACGUGCCGAGCAACAGUGGCCCGAACGAGCCGGCUAGCAAGGACUCGAAUCAGGCGAGUGCACCCGCCAGUGCCAGUGCCAGUGCCAACGCUGCUGGUUCCGGGUCUGGCGCGGGUUCCAACUCGGCCGCUGGUUCCAGUUCUGGCCCCGGUUCCAAUUCCGGCGCCGGUUCCAGUACCGGGGCUCCGUCGACCACCGCCGGUGAGCAGUCGCGCCCUUCGAAUCCGCCCUCCGUACGCAGCACACCGUCGCCCGUACCGUCGAACGUUAGUUCGGCGAGCAAAGUGAAGCGGCCACGCUCAGUCAUGAUGUCGGAGCGAUCGGAAGAAUCGGAGAGCAACAGUGAGGUCGACGUGCGAACGGAAGAGAACGACUCGAACCUGGACACCGAGGGCGACGGCAACUCGGAGCACGGUAGUGACGAGAUCGAGCUCGUCUUCAAACCGCACCCGACCGAGAUGACCGGCGACAAUCCGCUGCUGAAGGCACUGAAGGAAAACUCGGUUCGCUACAUCAAAACGACGUCGAACGCCACAAUUGACCAUCUGAGCAAGUACCUGGCGAUGCGCCUGACGCUCGAUCUCGAUCCGGAGCUGCCCGAGUCGUUCCGCUUGCUGAACUUCUGCAUCUACAUCGCCCAGCAACCGAACCAGCUGGUGGUGCUUAGCGGCAACCAGACGCUGCAGCAAGUGAACGAAAAGUUCUGGAAGGUAGCGGUUAACAAGCCGCUGGAGAUGUACUACUCGUGGAAGAAGUCCUAGGCCUGACCGAUGGCCCGAAGAUGGCAGCGAUCGCUAUCGAAUGAGCAGCAAACCCACUACUAACACCUAUCAAUUAAUCGACUAAAUAUGGAUGUGUGUGUGUGUUAAUUCGAAGGAUAAGUUUAGCUCCGUUUGGAUAAUAAGAACAACUUUGCGACAAUGAACCACAGUUUUGAAGCGGGCAGACGCGUUUCGGACGCGCUGCGCUGUUGCCACAUCGCCGUUGCAUCCAUCGCCGA